AUGGCUCGAAUGUUAGAGACGGCGAUGCCCGCAAUCCAAGAAGAAAUCAACAACGAGGUGGAACGCUAUCAAGCUGCUAUCCAAGCGUGGAACGAGCAACACGACCGGGUACCGUGUACUCGGAUGUAUAUCCACCGAGACCGUGAACAAGCUGGUUUGCGGCUUUUCAUGGAUUAUUUCUCUGCAGAUCCUCGAUGGAGUGAUCAGAUGUUCCGUCGCCGGUUCCGGACGCGGAGGAAUGUGUUCUUGCGCAUUGUCAACGCAGUUGUGGCUCGUGACGCGUACUUUAUGCAAACCUUCGAUGCUGUCGGGCGGCAAAGUAUAUCGACUUUACAGAAAUGCACAUCCGCCCUCCGCCAACUCGCUUACGGAAUAGCUGCAAAUAUGUUUGAUGAGUACCUCCAUGUGAGCAAGCAUACUGGACGCUCUUGCCUAGCCAAAUUCUGUCGGGCAGUGAUCGAAGCAUUCAAGGACACAUACUUGAGAAAGCCAACGUCCGACGAUGUUCGCAGAUUGGUGCGAAUGCACGAGGAGAGGCACGGCUUCCCGGGGAUGCUGGGCAGCAUCGACUCGGUUGUGUUGGAGGCCGUUGCCGACCAACGGUUGUGGAUCUGGCAUGCCUACUUUGGAGUCGCUGGGUCGAACAACGACCUCAAUGUGUUGAACGGGUCUCCAUUGUUCAACGACUUGUGUGCCGGGCGAGCGCCUACCGUAGAGUUCACGGCCAACCACCGUCGGUACACUAUGGGGUACUAUCUGGCAAACGGGAUCUACCCUAGAUGGCCCGUGUUCGUGAAGACCAUCACAUGUCCGACUACGGAUAGGAGGAAGUUGUUUGCCAAAAAGCAAGAGGCGGCUCGGAAAGAUGUGGAGCGCGCAUUUGGAGUUCUCCAAUCACGUUGGGCUAUAGUGAAGGGACCGGCCCGUGGUUGGCACCGUCCGCUAAUCGCCGACAUCAUGUAUGCAUGUAUCAUAAUGCAUAACAUGAUCGUUGAGGACGAGGGAGACAACGCCACUGACUGGAGCGACGAUCCGCUCGUCAGCGCCAGCAGUAGCUACACUGUCACCGAUCCGACCGUGCAAGGUGUUCCUCCCGACGUGCGCAAUGUCAUGGCCCGUUCAGCGGCAAUGCGCCAAGAAGAUCAACACACACGCCUCUAA